AUGGCCAUGCAGCAUGCAGGGCAUUUCGCCCAGAUCAAUGGAGCAGGACCUGUCGACGCUCAUGUACAGCGACAGAGAAUGCUUACUCAAUUGAAUGAGACAACCUGGCAGCGUAUUGGUAACUUGAAUGAGAUCACUGGCGAUCUAGAAGGAGCUUUGUUCUCCUAUCAACAAGCACUGCGACAUAACGCUUGGUCCGUACCAUCGUUAACGGCCGUGUCGCAGAUUUUGAGGACACAAGAAAAAUUCCCGGAGGCGCAGGAAUACCUCAAGAACGUGCUCAAGAUUGACCCGCAGAAUGGUGAAGCUUUAGGUAACCUCGGGCACUGUCAUCUAAUGAUGGACAAUCUUCAAGAGGCAUACUCAGCCUAUCAGCAGGCUCUUUACUAUCUGCCAGAUCCGAAAGAACCCAAGCUCUGGUAUGGCAUUGGUAUUCUAUACGAUCGUUAUGGUAGUCUUGAGCAUGCAGAGGAAGCAUUUUCACAGGUCAUGCGUAUGGAACCUUCCUUCGAGAAGGCAAAUGAAAUCUAUUUUCGACUGGGCAUAAUAUACAAACAGCAACAAAAGUUCGCGCAGAGUUUAGAAUGUUUCAAGUACAUCGUCAGCGAUCCACCAAAGCCUCUGAAUGAGGAGGAUAUUUGGUUUCAGAUCGGACAUGUGCACGAGCAGCAGAAGGAUUAUGAGAGUGCCAAGACAGCAUACCGUCGCGUUCUUGAUCGAAAUCCAAAACAUGCAAAAGUUCUGCAGCAACUUGGUUGGCUGCAUCAUCAGCAGAGCAACAGCUACCAGAGUCAAGAUCAUGCCAUCGAGUACCUCGAACAAUCUGUUGGCUCCGACAAUUCCGAUGCCCAGAGUUGGUACCUGCUUGGCAGGUGCUACAUGGCACAGCAAAAGUUUCCAAAAGCGUAUGAAGCAUAUCAACAGGCCGUCUAUCGGGACGGACGCAACCCGACCUUUUGGUGCAGCAUAGGAGUUCUCUACUACCAGAUCAACCAAUAUAGGGAUGCCCUUGAUGCUUACUCUAGAGCCAUCAGGUUGAACCCGUACAUAUCAGAGGUCUGGUAUGAUCUUGGUACUCUCUACGAGUCGUGUAACAACCAGACUUCGGAUGCUUUAGAUGCAUACCAGCGUGCUGCAGAGCUUGACCCAGCGAACACUCAUAUCAAAGCAAGGCUAAACUUAUUACGAAAUGGCGGCACUGCUGGCGGCUCGAAUCAACCCGUCCCACAAGAUGUGCAUCCUCAAGCAUAUCAGAAUACUGUUGGUGUGCCACCUGGAGUAUCGUGGGGUGGACAAGGUGGACAUGCACAGCAACCUCCUGGCCAGCUACCAGUAGACCCUGCACGAGUGAGUGAGUGGCAGCGGGGUGUAGCUGGCUUGCACAACCCACCUCCACCUCAAGCCCUGCCUCAACCACAGAAUGGCGCUUUUGAGAGUUUAGACAUCAAUCGAUUGCCUCCAAGAGCUCAAUCGCCUCCAAGAGAGCCCCUACGUCUGUACCAUGAUGCUGCUCGACAAAGCCAAGCACAAAAGCGAGGUACGCCGUCACCGAAGAUGCAAUCAGGUUUAUCGGGAAUGUUUCCUCCUGGCCCACAAACACUUCCUCAAAUCAAUAAUCCUCAAGAGAGGACUCCGCAUCUCGGUCCUGCUCCCAGACCAUCACCAUCUAUGAACGGCCUUCCGCAAUCCUUGCAAGCGGGCUCGUCUGGACCACCGCAGUCUAGUGGACUGCCUCCAUAUGGUCGAGCUUAUAGCCCACCUCAAGAACUCCGUCCGAUGCGUGAUGAGAGACCACCUUCGUCUAAUUCUAGUUAUCAUCACCCACCACUACCUCCAGCUCCCUCCUUUCAAAACGUAAACAGUGGGCCUGCUCCAAUUAGUCAAACCUCUUCUGUGGCCGAACCACCUCGUGCUGAUCGUGGCGAUGAGAGACCACCUUCGUCCAUGAAGAGGCAAAGGGAGUGGGAACAGGAGUCACAUGCUGUUGUCAAGAAGCCCGCUAAUGAGGACACACGAGCACGACUUGACGAAUUUCCAUCUAGAAGGUACAGCCCACCGAAUAGAACGGAGACACCUCGCGAUCAUUACAGGCGCAGCUCAUCGGAACUCCGUCGAGAACAGGAACAGAGACGUGCGGAUGCAAAUUACCAUCCAUCUGAAGCUGCACAUCAUCCAUAUAGUCUACAGCCUCAAGUUGCGCCACCAGGUGCACAACAGCCACAAAGUAUACCGUCGAUGCACUCUAUUCUUGACAUGUCGAAGAAGGAUGAGCCUCGCAAGGAGAUCAACGAACCUGCUGCUCGCAAGGUUGAUGUUGACGAAGAUUACGACAAUAACAGUGAGGACGAUAAGAGGAAGGCAAGCCCGAACGGAUCAGUUAUCACGAAGCAAGAACCUCAGAGUGCUCACUAG